AUGGCGGGCGGUAACAUCUCCGAUGCAUCACUAAAGAAGCGAGUGACGGUCACCGAAGGAUGCGAUGACAAUGAAGCUCGUGGCAACUGGACAAGAUCGAUGGGAUUCUUUCUGAGCUGUGUGGGCUAUGCAGUUGGAGUCGGUAACAUCUGGCGAUUUCCUUACAUUUGCUUUAGAAGUGGAGGCGGAGCCUUUCUCAUCCCGUACCUGAUAGCACUCGCUGUGUGCGGAAUGCCUCUGUUCUUCCUGGAUGUAGGCAUAGGUCAGUUUUCAAGCAGUGGAGGAAUUUUAAUGUGGAACAUAAGUCCUAUAUUUAAGGGUGUUGGUUUCGGAAUGAUAUUGGUGUCAGUGCUGUAUUGCGUCGUAUACAACCUGAUCGUGGCCUACAUCCUCUUCUACUUGGGGAUGUCCUUCACGAAGCUAUUGCCGUGGGAGACGUGCAUGAAUCCGUGGAACACUGCCGCAUGUCUGCAGCGUGGCUCCGAUCUCCUCGGAAGCUCUAACAUGUCCGGUGAGUCUAACCAGUCGCAGCUUGUAGACGCCAUGGUGGACAACAUUACAGCAGACGCGGGCACAGCUAACAUCAGCGGGGUCGUAACCAGGACUUCGUCGGCGACGGAGGAAUUCUUUUACAAUUUUAUAUUGGAGAUCUCUGAAGGGCUUCACAACCUUGGUGGCUUUCACUGGAAGCUGCUGCUCGCUUACUGCAUUGGCUGCUUCAUCGUUCUCGUCUGCCUCUCUAAGGGCAUCAAAUCAACGGGAAAGGUGGUGUACUUCACCGUUACCUUUCCUUAUGUGAUUCUCCUUAUACUGCUGGUGAGAGGUGUGACCCUGCCGGGAGCUUACAAUGGCAUCAAGUUUUAUCUUUACCCGAAAUGGGAGGCUCUGCUUGAAUUUAGGGUUUGGGGUUUGGCCUUUGUGCAGAUAUUCUACUCACUCGGACCAGGUUGGGGUGCUGUGGUUACGAUGGCAUCAUACAACCGUUUCCACAACAACAUGUUAAUAGAGUGUUACCUGGUACCGGUCGUGAACAGUGCUACCAGUCUCCUUGCUGGCUUCGUCGUCUUCUCUGUCCUUGGAUAUAUGGCGGAAGUCGCUCAAGUUGGCAUUCAAGACAUCGUUACUGGUGGUCCUGGUCGGAGCGUUAUAGCCAAUACCCUGAAGCCAAUAACAGACCUGGCAGAUCUCUCCUUCUAG